AUAGUUUGUUACAGAGGAAUCUCUUACACAUUUAUUGCCCAAGGACAAUACUGAUUGAAUAAAGGGACAUUAUGGUUGUUCUGAAGAUCUCAUCCCUGCUUGCUGUACUUGCCUUGGUUUUCUGCCAAAUGCACAGCUCGAAGGCAGCCCCGGCCAGACCUGGACUAGAGUCAGUUCCAGAGAGGGUUGCAGUCAGUGACUACGAGGCCAGGAGGUUACUCAAUGCUCUGGUCAAAGAAUUCGUACAAAUGACAGCAGAGGACUUGGAACAAGCCAGCGAAGGAAACAGCCUGGAUAGACCCAUUUCCAAACGCUGCUCCAGCCUGAGCACAUGUGUGUUGGGGAAACUCUCUCAAGAAUUGCACAAAUUGCAAACAUACCCUCGUACAGACGUUGGUGCUGGGACCCCUGGCAAGAAGAGAAAUGUGAUGGCUGAUCUGGAGAACGGACGCUAUGCCACUUACGGGGAGCAAUUUGAUAAUUAAUAACUCAUUGGCAUGCCUGGCAUGCUGUUAAUGCUUCUUGGCCUGGUGCAUGCUGGACUUCUCUCGAUUGCUUUAACCUUGUUUUUUUGAUUCAGCACGUUGGAUAGGGACAUUCUGACCAGGAACUCAGAGCGCACAAGACUAUAUACAGCACAUGAUCACCAAUCCUAUAUAAUAUACCAAAAUUAUCGGGGAGAAAGGGGUACAAUACCUACACGCUGUAAUCUCAAAUUUCACCUAAUUAUUUACAUUUUAUAUCAUGAUCAACCAAAAUCUAACAUUUGCUGCCUACACUGUGUAUAAAUAAAAUCAUAUUUCAUGCCUAACCACGCACUUAAUGAAUAAACCUAUUUUUCUACAAGGA